AUGAUUUAUUUUUGACACUUGUCAAAAAAGUAUGGUUAACAAAUCUGUUUACAAAUAAUUCAGCUGUUAAUGUUUAUAUUUAUACAAUUACAUAAUUAGAUUUGAACUAAUACGAUGUGCACGGAAGUCGAUGUAUUUAUAAGUAAUUACACACUGGUCGAUCCAGAAAUUUAUCAGUUAUGGGUUGAAGGAAACACAGCUAGUGAAGCAGUAUCUAUUUUAAAUAAACAAGGCCUGGGUCAGACUACAGGAGCAAGUCUUGAGUUGAUUGCGAGUGAUGUGCUGGAUCACUAUCGAACUUAUUCUCUUCUUGAAAAAUUGCUGAGUAAUCCUAAUAAACUGCAAGAACAAGUGGAAUUUCAGAUUGAACCUGCUACUAGACAAUUGUUAAUUGAGAAAUAUUAUGAUUUUGAUGAUAAUGUCAUUAGGGAAUUGCUUGGAAAGAAGUUAUCGUCAAGAAAUAGGAAAGAUUUGGAUGAAGUUGCUGAGAAAACUGGUGUACCACUCAAAUCAUGCAGGAGACAAUUUGACAAUGUUAAACGAAUCUACAAAACCGUUGAAGAAAUGCCAGGAUCAGUCGUGGCUAAUAUUCAGAAAAUUUUCUUUUUAUCAAAAGAAUUAGCUCAGAAAUAUGGCUGUGUUGUCUUCCUAGCCUGCAUACGCUUUGAAACCAACAAAAGAAGAUUACAAUAUUUAAAAUUUGUCGCUCUAAGAAAGUGUAGCGAAAUAAUUAUGGAUGUUUGGACGUAUAGCAACACUUCAGCAGCGGAUUAUUACGACACCGAGAUGGAUAAAGAGUUUUUAUUGGAUUUAAGAGAGUUAAGAAUUAUUAGCGAUCGAGAAAAAGAACACAAACACUUGGUUUGUACAUCAUUAAAACCAACUCUCUUGACAAAAAGCUACGCUGAGACAGAAAGCAACUUCCGUACGUAUUCACGCGCGAUAUUAGCCCUUGCAACAUCCCUGCAUCGUGCCAGAGAGUUGCGAAACUUAUUUGUCGAAGUAGCGCAGUUUAUUGAGAUGUGUAAAGGUAAUGGCUGGGCAUCUAAAGAUCUGAAACUCUUUCUGGAUGCAUAUUCAACAUGCGCGACUGAAUUAGACGUAAUGCGGGAUGGAGAACUGCGCGCCACCUGGGAUCGUUUCAUGAAAGUAAUAGUACAAUGUAUUCUCAUCAUGUUUGGUUAAAUUAUUUUAUAGGUUAAUUUAAUUGUUAUUUUGUUGUAAAAUGAAUCGCGAAUAUUUAAAAACUAUACUGCUGAAUUAACAAAGAGCGGUGUAUGCAAA